GGGGGAUGCGGUGAUGGAGAAGUCGCUGGAGACGCUGCGGAGGAUCGGAGACGGCGUCAUGCGGAAACACGAGCUCGCCUUUCAAGGAAUGCUGCGGAAGCUGGAAAUCCAGCAAGAGGAGGACCUGCAGUCGGUGGUGGAGGUGGCUGCCCACUUGUUCAGCGAUGGGGUGACCAACUGGGGCCGCGUGGUGACGCUCAUCGCCUUCGGAGCCUUCGUGGCCAAGCACCUGAAGAGCAUCAAGCAGGAGCAGAGCAUCAGUUCCCUGGCUGGGAUCAUCACGGACGCCCUGGUCUCGUCCAAGCGAGAGUGGCUGGAGAGCCAGGGGGGCUGGGAGGGCUUUGUGGACUUUUUCCGAGUGGAGGACCUGGAGGGCAGCAUCCGGAACGUUCUGAUGGCGUUUGCAGGAGUGGCCGGCCUGGGGGCUGGCUUGGCCUACAUGAUCCGAGCUGACGAUACGAAAAGGAGGAAUUAAUUCUGAACGUGGGUGCACUGCGCUUCAUUCCUCACGGGAAGUGGCAUUUUUGUGGCAAAGCCUCUCCUCCUGCCUUGACUCAUCUCAAGUACUUGAGCAGCACAGCCAGGGAGGGUGACAAGCAGCAGUGGCCUCGUGGACUCGGUGUGACCACGGCUGGCUGGCAACAGCUGACGUUUCUGUUUGUUUUAAUCUUAUUUUUGGUGCCUCUUGCCCUCCUGGCUGGGGGCAGGGAGCUGUGGAAAUCCAUCUGGCCACUUCCCUUCUCUUCCCUUCCUCUUGCUCCUCCAAGCCAUGAGCUGGACAAAGCUGAUGUUUGAAUGUAAAACGUCCUGGGGCUGCCUCUGCCUCAGUCCUGCAGCUCCUGCAGGUUCCUCAGGGCUGGCCUGGGCUCCCCUGCUGGCACCGUCCUUGUCCCCAGGACGUGACCUGGAGCCUGAGCCGUGCCCAGCUCAGCGAUGGUGCUACAGCCAGGCCCUGCUUGUGUGCAAAACAAGCUGUAGUUUGGUCAAUAAAUGUCUUUUUUUUUUUUU